GAUGAUGACGGUAGUGGACAAGCGAUGUACGGCAAUGUGGGUUUGGUCCAUUCUAGCUCAGGUGACGCCCACGUGUCGGGUCUUUCUCACGGGGGUGUUGAAGAUUACUAUGCUGUGAACGCACCUGCCCCAGGCACCGUAGGCGUGGCAUCAGCCCGCAUCAACCACGCCUACACAGGCGGCGGGAGUCGGGACAUACAGGCUUCUUCCGCCGGGUCGGAGUUCAGCGGGAUCGUGAUCCCGGGCACCGUGUAUACAAGCAGCACUGGCCAAGUCCCAACGGGUGGUAUGGGUGGUAACCCCAACUAUAUUCCACCACCUCCCCAGCCCGCCCACAGCUACACUCCCACUUCACGUGUGGCGGUGCCCAUGAGUGCACAACCCCUAUACUCAAACACAGCCUCUCAGCCCAUCUAUAAUAAUUCUCCACGGCCACAGCAACACUCCUACACCGAGGAGUCUCCACCCCCGCCCCUUCCCACACAACCUCCUCCUACACAGGCCCAGGCGACUCCUACCUAUGCUAACUUGAGUACUAACGGUGCUGCAUACCCGCCCCCUCAUACCUUGUACGCCAACGUGGAUCCAACCUCUGGUAAGUUCUCUUCACCUUCCUUCUAGACGGCUUAUCUUAGU